AUGGAGAACCUCCACGUCAACAACACCAGCUACAAAUUGCUGUCCGUGCGGAGUGACGCUUUGUCGAGACUCUUCAACGUCUUUCUCUCAGUACACCUGCACUCGGGAGAUAUCGAGACGCCCGACAAACAGUGGCUAUCGAAGGACCCGAAUGACACGCUCGGACUGCUGGCAACGCUGAACAACUCGUCAUCUUCAGCAGUUUCGUUGUCCGCCACUUCCGCUGUGCCAGCAGAGUUUGGGGCUCCCGUGGUCGUGGCCCCAGCAGCACCCCGCGACGACGUAGAGAUGCUGCUGUCCGUUAUGCUGACCACCGCAUGUGUCUUCCUCUGUUUCAUCCUCUUGCUAGCCAUCAAAUGCUGCGCCAAUCUGUGCUGCAUCGACUUGCUCUACUGCAUCGCUCACUGUGGCCGUCGACCGAUCCGACCGACACCAGAACCAAGGAUCGUAGAGCCUGUUGUGGUGCGAUUGCUGCCAGAUCGCGCUUCAUUGGAGCGGCUUCUGCGCGAGGAAGUCAGGGGCAAGAAGAUGGAAGCAUCGCGGAUGGAGAAAAAGAAGUUCUACAUGCACAGCGUGUGA